CAGCUGCCCAGCUGUUUCGUCCGUACCUCAACUGCUGCAAUGGCGUCGCUCACCGUGAAGGCCUAUCUUCUGGGCAAGGAGGAGGCGGCCCGCGAGAUCCGCCGCUUCAGCUUCUGCUUUAGUCCGGAGCCCGAGGCGGAAGCCGAGGCCGCGGCGGGCCCAGGGCCCUGCGAGAGGCUGCUGAGCCGGGUGGCCUCGCUGUUCCCCGCGCUGCGGCCUGGCGGCUUCCAGGCUCACUACCGCGAUGAGGAUGGGGACUUGGUUGCCUUUUCCAGUGAUGAGGAGCUGACAAUGGCCAUGUCCUAUGUGAAAGAUGACAUCUUCCGCAUCUACAUUAAAGAGAAGAAGGAGUGCCGGCGGGACCAUCGCCCACCGUGUGGUCAGGAGGCAUCCCGAAGCAUGGUGCAUCCCAAUGUGAUUUGUGAUGGUUGCAAUGGGCCUGUGGUGGGAACCCGCUACAAGUGCAGUGUGUGCCCAGACUACGACCUGUGCAGCACCUGCGAGGGGAAGGGCCUACACAGGGAGCACAGCAAGCUCAUCUUUCCCAACCCUUUUGGCCACCUCUCUGAUGGCUUCUCUCAUGGCCGCUGGCUUCGGAAGCUGAAACAUGGACAUUUUGGAUGGCCUGGCUGGGAGAUGGGUCCACCGGGGAACUGGAGCCCACGUCCUCCUCGAGCAGGGGAUGCUCGCCCUCACCCCGCAGCUGAAUCAGCUUCUGGUCCAUCAGAGGAUCCCAGUGUCAAUUUCCUGAAGAGUGUGGGGGAGAGUGUGGCAGCCGCCCUCAGCCCUCUAGGCAUUGAGGUUGAUAUUGAUGUGGAACAUGGAGGGAAGAGAAGCCGCCUGACACCCACCUCCCCAGAAAGUUCCAACAUGGACACAGAAGACAAGUGCAGCACUCAAGACAAGUGCAGCACUCAGCCAAGCAGCUGCUCUUCAGAAGUCAACAAACCUGACGAGGCAGGCGAGGGCACUUCACAGGCUCUGACAGAGCAAAUGAAAAAGAUCGUCUUGGAGUCAGUGGGACAGCCAGAGGAACAGAUGGAGUCUGAUAACUGCUCAGGAGGAGAUGACGACUGGACACAUUUGUCUUCCAAAGAAGUGGACCCAUCCACAGGUGAACUCCAGUCUCUACAGAUGCCAGAAUCAGAAGGGCCAAGUUCUCUAGACCCUUCACAGGAAGGACCCACAGGGCUGAAGGAAGCGGCCUUGUACCCACAUCUCCCACCAGAGGCUGAUCCCCGGCUGAUCGAAUCACUCUCUCAGAUGCUGUCCAUGGGCUUCUCUGAUGAAGGUGGCUGGCUCACAAGGCUCCUACAGACCAAGAAUUACGACAUUGGAGCUGCACUGGACACAAUCCAGUAUUCAAAGCACCCUCCGCCAUUGUGACAGUGCUUGUGCCCAAGCCCUGUGACCCGCCCCCUUUGACCUGUAGUUGCAUCAAAUAGAGCAGCAGGGCCUCUGUAAGGCCAGUUUCUUGGCAUUCUUCCAGAAUCUGCAGGUGGGAGUGUGUGAAGCCUUUAAGGGCAGUGGGGAAGUGAUAUGAGGAGAGAGUUCCAAGAGUGACAUGCUGACUGACGCCUGAGAACAGAACCAGGUACUUGUGGCUGAGCUUCCUCUGCCUUCCCUAAGCCUGGCCUUUGCCAGGGAGUUGCAGAGGUACACUGCACUUGCUCUUACCGCCAGCAUUGCACCAGCAGUCCAGAACCCUUGCCUGCUGUGUUCUCUUCGUUAAAAGUGAUUAAUACGCUGACAGUUAUUUCAACAAAUAAAACCGUUAUGUUAAGAGGGGGCUGUCCACAGUAAGUCAAAGGUGGCCAGCAAUUGGGGCCUACAGCUCCUGGGGGAUGGAGAACUUGUAAAACCAGCUGAAGGGUCUCACCAUAUACUGCCUCCCUUUUUAAUGAUUCACACUUUAGUUUUGUUCCAAUGUUAAUGCUUUUAAACGAAACCCCGACAUAGCUUCCUCUGACUUGAUUUUUAAAUGCCCUGUAAUUAAAUGGCAUAUGCACUUUAAUCAA